AUGGAAGCUAUGAAGAAGAAGAAGAAAGUUACGAAGCGAAGCAAAUGCGGCUUAGACUCUCUUCCUGUUGAUCUCCUGAUGGAGAUAUUCAAACAAUUCCCGGUGAAAACCCUAACAAGAUUUCUCUCGGUAUCUAAGCUUUGGGCUUCAGUCAUACGCAAUCCAGAUUUCAUGAAACUAUUCUUGAAAGAGUCCUUAAAUAGACCAAGAGGUCUCGUCUUGAUAUACAGACGAGAUAAAGAUUCAACCUCGCGAUCGAAGCACCCAAGAUUUAAAGCACAUGAAUCAUCAGCUUCAAAUGCUUCUCUAACCACAUACCAUGUGACUUGCCGCGCAAGGAAGGACACGUUUAUUGCUACUUCUUCUGUUCACGUGUUGUGCGUCACGAAAUCGGCGAGUCUUGGCAACACACGCGGUUUAGCCUCGGAGAUAUGGGUUUUGACAUUAGGAAGUGGGAAUUCUUGGAAGAGGAUUUAUCAAGAUAAUAUUCCACGUCACUCUCCUAUAAGUCAAGACUUGUGCAUCAAUGGUGUUUUGUACUAUCGAGCUUUUACUGGCAAGGAACUAAAGAACUCAGCGAUCGUGAGUUUUGAUGUCAGAUCAGAAAAACUCCAUCUUAUCAAAGCCAAAAAGCUUGAUAUUACCAAAGGACCUCAAAUGAUCUAUCGCAAUUAUUCGAAGCUGACAUGCUACGAGGGAAAGCUAGCUGUCGUUUUCUUUGAAAGAGACGUCAUUUCUAACAUGUGUUUGUGGGUUCUUAAAGAUGCUGCUAAAAAGAAGUGGUCGAGGAAGGUUUUUGUUUUGCCUACUUUAUCAAGACACGCGUAUCUUGAUAGCUCUCAGAGGUUUCACAGCACCGACACUAACACAGGUGAGAUUAUCUUUUCGGGAUCAUUCAAAUCGGAUGGUGUUUCUUACUAUGAUGUGAAGGGAAAUAGAGUGAGAAGAGUUGACAUAGCAGGAAAGAAGUGUAAAUGUGUUUGUUAUGAGUCUCUCUCCUCUGGUCAGGUUGAGAAUCUCAUGUUUUUGUGA